AUGAACAGCGAGGACAUCGAUCCCAAGAAUCAGAUCCUGGCCCCGGUGCCCAUCAGAGGCUCCCAAGGCAAUGGUGUCAGGAACACCCAGCUGUCCGGGGAAACUCCUCACCCACAAAUACAUGCAUUUGACCGAUCAAGCAUCAACGACGGGUUUGGCCUGUUGACCCCCAACACAUCCCGAAGAGUCGCAAACCGCAGACCAUCCUACAACAGCAUCGAGGUGUCCCGUGAAUCCCACUACAAUUUGGACUAUCCUGAAGACCCCAAGGAAGUUUCCAGACUUCAAUUGGACCCCAAAUCUCGGUUUUACGCCAGAAACAGACCCAGAACCUUGAACCUUCACCAGAUGUUGCCGUACGAGACCGAAUUGCCCAAGGACCAGGCGAAGUUUUUGAGCCAUAUUGUGUCUCACUUGUACAUUGCCAUUAAGACCUUGGAUAUCCAAGGCCUGUUGUCGGUAACUGCCAGAGAUCUUGCAGCCUUGAAGAAUGUGAGCGGCUUAUCGGACCUCGAUAUUGCUUUGGAGACAAACUUAUUCGAGAUGAACACCGAAGGUGAUCACCUUGCUGAUGACGAUGCCAACACCUACUUUUCUGUCGAUGAGUAUGCGGACUCGGAGAGCGAAGCGGACGACGAUGAGGCUGAGGAUGUGGGAGACAUUGAAAAGGACCGCAAUGAGUCGGUUCUGCAGCACAAGAAGUCUCCCAAAUCUGCUGCCGUGGUGGGUGUACGGAUCUGGACCAACGAGUUAUUGGUGUGGUUGAAAAUGAAGUAUGAGAUGCCCAUCACCUUGCGGAUUGCGUUGGCCAAAGUGUACUACGCGAUCUGCCUUUGUCGGGGCCAGUAUAUCAACUUGAAGAUCUAUGUGAAGGCGUUUGAGUUGUUGACGAAGGACGUCCAACUUCUCAAACAGAAUGGCUUGGUUCUUGAAUGGAAGGAUCUUCUUAACGAAUUGAAAAACCAUUUUAGUAGCAUUGACUGCUCAAUCGACAACUUUGAAAAAAAGGACAAUAAACAAUUGCUCCGGUUAGCUGAAAGGGGAUCCAAUUUUUUUGAUUCUGAGGCCUUGCCUAUUAUCUAUGAAAGCUUGGGUCAACAUAUUUCCAUCUCGAACCCUUCUUUGGUGCUCUGUUCAAUGUCUUUGUUACCAUUCGCUUACAGUGGCCAGGGAAUAGAAAGUAUUUACGACAUCAGACACUAUAUUUCAUCUUUCUUUUACUUGUGGGAGAAGUUCCACAAGAGCCACGAACUUGACUCCCAUCUUACUUCAAGAACAGGAACUCUUGCGAUGUCUGCUUUGGCCGAAAUAAAUGAAAACGGAUACAAGAAUAUCCCCGUGGAAAAUGAAGAUAUUAGAAAUACCUUUGGAGCUUAUGGUAUCUACACGGAACUGCAAAUUGAGAUGUUGCUUAAUAAUUUAUUAAACAAUCUUGGAAUCCUGCAAGAGAAAUUCGGCUCUAACAACUCCAAUUUCUUUCAUGGAUAUUCUUCCACUCUCGUAUUUUCAAUCAAAGGUUCGAAUGCUUUGGAUGACAACGGUAUUUUGGACAAAAUAAGGACCUUAUUGAAUGCCAUUGAGAGUUAUGUUCAUCCCACCAACUCGGGGAAUUGGACCAAAUCGAUCUCAAAAUUGGUUUACAGCUUGGUAUAUCAGUUCCAAAAGAGAUUCAACCAGGAACAUAAUAAAUAUGGCGUGUUAGGAGAUUUGCCCGAUGAGUUGAAGUUGAAUCCUCAGGUUGUGAACCGGUUUGUGGAAAUUCUUUUACCUAUUGUCAGAACUGGGUUGCAGUCCAAAAAGCCUGCCGCAGUAGACAAUUAUCUUCUGGCAUUGAGUACAUUGGCAUAUUUGAACUCGGAACUUGUAUUGGAGACUGUGUUGUUGGAUCUCUAUGAGUCCUUAGAAGGUGUGAUUUCAACUCACAGGGUCUCUGUAGCACUUCGAGCUCUUGACGAGCUUGCCAGAUACUUUGCAUCGACGAAAAUCUACAGAGUUCAUUUGACAAGAUUGUUGCUGUUGGCAAUCCCUGGAAUUGAUUCAAAUGACUUGGAAAAAACAUUGUUAACAUUGAAUCUUUUCCAAACUGUCGCCAACUUUGUUCCGUUCCACGAUUUAACAAAUGGUGACGGGGUCACGAAUUUGGCUAUUGAUUUGACGCAGAAUCAUAUAGAUUUUCUUCAACGAAAGAUUUACAGUAGCUUCUACCAAGGACAACUCGAUGAUGAUUUCAUGAGUGAUAAUUUCGAGGUGAGUGAAGAUUUAGAGAUUGAAGCUUUAAAGUCUUCAACUGCAGCCUUCCCGGUUUUGUUGAAGACUUUGGUUCAAAAAAUCUUUACUUUGCUAGAGAACAUUCCUGAUCCCAGCAAAAGUGGUGGCAUGGAAAAGACAAUUGCCGAUUCUCUUCCAAGCUACCUUUAUAUCAUUUUUGAAUCCCUUUCUGAUGAUAUUUUCAAACAAGUCCGGAACACGAUUUUCGAUUUUGUUUUUAAUAAUACUAUUCACACAGUUGCUGACAUAGUUGCCGAAGUUUGUGGAGGUUUAAUCAAACGUGACCCAACAGCUUUCCCUAAAUACAGUGAGAUUUUGAUUUCAAGAAUCAAGGAAGAAAUCGAAGAGAACGGAUCAGGUUCCUCCAGAACUGGUAUUGAUAUUGUUCCUAGAGAUCGGGCUCUCUUUUGGUAUUUAAUUGUCUUGAACGAGUGUAUCGGAAAUGCUAGUGCCAACGUAGUAGAUGUUGCCGAUGACUUAAACCAACUAGUUUACUACUUGAUGGAACACGUCAAGGGUCCAACUGUUUUUGCGUCUUCGUAUAUCGUGAACCAGAUUCUCCAGUCGAUUACAAAAAUCAAAAUCAGGGAAUUGAGAUUGGUCUCACCAACUUACGCUGCAAAAAAUGGAAUAACGGAACAGUGUUGGGGCGGAUUUCAGUUUGACGAGAGAAGGUUUUCCGAAGAGAAUUUGACAUUUGACUGGUAUUUACCUACUGACAAAGAAGUCAAAUUAGCAGUGGACUUCUUUACGGAUUUGACCUCUAAAGUACUUGGAAACAUUCUGUCAUUAAUGCAAAGUCAUAUUCAAAACGAAAAGAAAGAUGCUUCAUCUUCCAUUGAGUUGACGGACGACUUAAAAAACAACUUUUUGUACUUAAGUUAUGCGUUGAGUGGGGUCUCAUUCUUGUUCGACCCUUCUUUUGAAGAGGAUAUUCCUAAAUUGAACCAACAUCAAAAUGAAACUAUUCAACAAAGAUUGCUCUUAUUGAAGCAAAUUAGAUCCGUCAAAGACGAAACGAGCAGAGGAGCAGACGAGCUGAGAAUUGAAAAUUUGCAAGAAAACCUUCAAAGGAUCGUUGACGAUAUGAGCAAUGAUGACUUGAUCCAAUACAACGACGAGGAUGAAGCUUCAGAGCCCGCAUCGCCAGAUUUAAAAGACUCCAGUGUUAGGGCAUCCCCCGGCAUUGAAGGGGUACCAGUUUCUCAAAUGAAUCCAGGAAUCACGUUCAGAGAAAGAAAGUUGUACACAUCCAGAUACUACUUUGGGGAUGACAUGGAAAAAAGGAGAUCAAGCGAUCUUUAUAUCAAGUUGCAUAGAUUCCGGUACUCCAUUGGUAGAAGCUUACAUCUUAUUUGCAAGUUUUUGACUGCACAUUUCCACGACAAUACCAAAUUAUUGAAGCACUUUCUUUACGUAGUGAACAUGUGGAUUUCUGAUGUGGGAAGAGAAAGAUUGUUAGAUCAAAGUCAUGCCAAAGUUGAUUACACCUUUAUAAAUAACACCCAGAGUAUAAACAGGGUUAGAAAGCCUUUCACAAGAAUAGCCAUAGGUUCAAGGCUUGAAGCUUAUCAUCUGUUGAGAGUGGCUUUACAUGCAACUUCAAGAACUCAGACCGACUUGGAUAAGCUUUUAUUAGAAGAUUUGGUAAAGAUGGCAGUUUCGACGUAUUCAGCUGUCGCAAAGCCUGCUCAAGCAUCUUUGAUAGAUGCAAUGAAGAGACUCAAUGGUUCAUAUAAUGUCAUCAUCAGAUCCUCGUUGAAGUAUCUUUCCAAGGCUUUGGAUGAGAAGAACAACAAGAAAAUUGAAAGCGGCUUGGGUAUGUUCAACUUGAGAAGAAUCAAAAGCAAAAUUCAAAAUGACUAUUUCAAUUUGCAAAAAUUCGUGAGCUUAUUGCAUCGGUGUUUAUUAGUGGAUGGGUUAGAGGUGAAUGAACUUGCUCAGAAGUUAUUCAAAGGUGUCUAUACCAACAUCACUCCUCCAAGUAGUGUUUGUCUAAUCAAUUUUGAGUACAUCGAUUCUAUUAGACCCCCAGAUGCUUAUAUUGAUUUAGAGAUCAAUGCUGUCAAACAAGCGAAGGAAAAGAAGAGACUGUUGUAUCUUGAAAAGCUCAGGAAGUUGGAAAACUGUGUUGUACUUAAUGAGAGUUCUUCCAACUACUGGAAACUUUCAUCUUUGAACUUGUCGUUAUUGAUUGACUUGCAACUUGAUUUGGAAAUCCCAACAAACGAUGAGAUCUUUAGGCUAUUAGCUAAACAAGCUAGCUCCGAUCACCCAAUUAUAUCUAGAUUAGCCUUGAAGGGUAUAACUAAAAUCAUGAACAAGUUGUAUGUCAGACAGUUAAUGAGCUAUGAUUUAAAGAACUUGUUUGACUUGGAGUAUAUCAAUCCAGAUGUAAAGGUAAUUAAGACAAACGACCCUGAUAGCUCUGACUCCUAUUACCUCAAAUGGAGAAAAGAGAUGGAGCAUAGUGAGAAGCACGAUUUCUACAUCGAUAACAAGGCCAAUACCGGUUGGUUGUUUUGGGGAGAAGAAAUGAAGGUGGUCACCAAUGAGCCAAGGUAUGAAUUGAAAUUGGACGAAAUUGAUUUAGAGGCUGUGAAGUCAUUUGGUAAUUGUAUUACCAAACAAUGGUUCUACAAUAUAGUAAAACUCUGGGUUACUGAUAAUGAAGCCAACUCGGCAUAUCAAGCUACGGAUGUCUAUUUCACCUCGACAAUUGUGUUACUCAUCUCUAACGGAGUCGUCGAUGAGAUGAGUUUCAAUGAUUUACUUGCUGUUGUUGAGGAAAUAUAUGAAAAAGAUGACAAGAGUGUCCAUAUAGUUGUUUGUGAGAUCUUGGCUGGUAUCUUGAUUAGUUCCAAGUUCUUAACGGCAGAUUUAAUUGAGAAGAGAGAUGUUUUCAUUACUAGAUUUUUGAAAACUAUCUUAGAGAACGACUUGUCUCCUGAUACCAGCAACAUUUGGACAGUCUUUUCGUGGUGGGUUCCUGCUCAUAUUGAUAGUAGGCGGUUCCCUGAAAUCACUGACUUGCUUAUUAAGUUCAAGUUGGACAAACAAUCGGAUUUUGCCUUUAGAGACUCGAUGAGAUUGAGUUACAUCAGGUCGUUUGUGGCAGCCAUAACAUGGAAGUUCACCGACCCCGAAGAGGUUUUAGGGAUGUGUUUAGACAACGUCAACCACCAUUACCAGGCGGUCAGAGAGCAGAUCGGAUCACUCUUGUCGAUGCUUACAUUUGUUUACUAUCCUGAUUCAGCAAAAGAUUUCAAGACUUUCACCCAAUUGUGCAAUUCACCACAAGGUGUGAGUCCUGCAGCAGAUAAGAUCAAAGAGAUUGUUCCAGUGGUGUUCGAAAGGAUAGAAGCUUGGAGAUUGGAAGUUGUUGAUAAGACCCCACAAGAAAUCUUGAAAUCAGACUAUAUCUACGCAUCUAUGACGGUACUAACAUGGUUAAAACAAGCAUUAUGCACCAGUAUUUCUGCCAUGUAUCAAGACUUUGUGGUUAGCCAUGCGGUUCCGUUCUUGAUCAAGUUGAUCAACAUGAAGGAGGUAUGCCAGCUAGGUAAUAUCAACCCAAUUGGAGCAUUGAAGUUGAUGUCACAACUUCCUUUCAACGACAAGAACCUUGCCAACGUGGUGUUAAUGCUUGGGAAUCUUUAUCACAAGGAGAAGUUGAAUGUGGUGCAAUCCAUCGUUGUGGGUGAGUUCACAGAAACGUUUUACUUCAAGAACUUGUUGAAGUUGAAACGCAACCAGCGAGCAGUUAUCAUUAACUUGACCAACGAGUUGCUCUUCCACAAGCAAGUGUCAGUCAGAGAGUCAGCAGCUUCAACUUUGGCGGGAUUAAUCCAUAUCUCUCCACCAAAUGAGAUUGAAGGGUUGAUUCACAAGUUCACGGAGAACUACAAGCACCAGUUGGAUCAGAUCAGAAAGAAGUAUAGAAAAGGAGGAUUCAGGAAUAUUCCAGCUGAGCAUAUUGUCAUUCUUCACGGAGCCACGCUUGGUUUGGGAUCAUUGAUUCAUGCAUUUUCGUUCUUAUCUCCGCCUCCCAAAUGGGUUCCUGAACUCUUGACGAUAUUGGCCAACAAGUCAUCGGGUAUUCCUGGACUUGUUGGUAAGACUGCCAAAGAGUCACUUGGAAAGUUCAAGAAAACCAGGCAAGAUACCUGGCAUGUUGAUAGUAAGGUGUUCAACGAGACUCAGAUGCAAGAUUUGGAGGGUGUGCUCAUGAAGAGUUAUUUCAUCUAGGAUUCUUAUCUAAAAUGAGAUCAUACAAAAUUUAUGAAAAGUUAGUAUUUAAUGUACUUAAUCUACAAAACCAUGUAAAUUGCCCGAAGCUUGAUCCAUCGGAAGGUCCAUAGGAAUAAUUGAAAGCGAUGAGCGUGUCCCCACCAGAUGUCAAAGGGUCGGUGGCCGGAGUCUCCGACGGAACACUUGGGUGCGCGCAUGCAUCGAGAUUGAGAAAACUAAGUAUAUAUAGCCACCAGGUAAUCCCCUAAAAUCUUAAUAGUUUUGGUUACAAACAACAAAAACAACCACCAAUAACACAAACCAUGUCCAUCGAUAAAAAAUUAUGUGUCUUCUGUGGCUCCUCCUUUGGUAAGGACCCCAUCUAUGCCGAAAUUGCCUUUAAGUUUGGAAAGUUGUUGGCAGAGAAAAACUGGGGUUUGGUGUAUGGAGGUGGAUCGACCGGAGUAAUGGGCCUGAUUGCUAAGGGAUGUGCUACCAGUGGUGGAUAUGUCCAUGGAAUCAUCCCCGAAGCAUUGAUCUCCAAAGAGCGUAAUACUGAAGAUGUUAACGAAGCUAUCAAGAAAGACCACGAGAACCACAAAGGGUUCUCACCAUUACCCGAUUCAAGUGUGUACGGAAAGACCACGAUGGUUAAGGACAUGCACACCAGAAAGAGAAUGAUGGGAGAAGAAAGUGACGCUUUCGUGGCCAUGCCUGGUGGAUACGGUACUUUUGAAGAAUUAUUGGAAGUGACCACCUGGUACCAGUUGGGAAUCCACAAAAAACCAAUUGUUUUGUUGAACAUCAACGGGUUUUGGGAUACAUUUUUGAAGUUCAUUGAUGAGAGUAUCGAGGCCGGGUUUAUUGCCAAAAAACAAAGAGAAUUAUUGAAUGUGGCUACUACCCCAGAAGAGGUGAUUCAGCUUGUGGAGAAAUUUACACACGAAGAAGGACACUCUUAUGGAUUAAAUUGGUCGGAGUCAUAGGUACCGCUUCCAGGUAGGUAGCGGUGGAGCACCGAUGGGCCACUGGUAGGUGAGAUCGGAUUGCAUGCUCUUAUGGGUGCACAUGGCACCGCGCGCUACUCUGCUUCUGCAUGCGUAUUUAUUCUAUCAUAAAAGUUAAUGUACAAGAUCUUCAUUGUCAUGAACGUGAAACAAAUCUUCAAAUUCGUCGGCUGGAACCUCCACCUCCUGUAGGUGUCCAGUACUAACAUUGUAGAGCAUCCCCCAUACUUCAAUCUCACCGUUCUUUAAAGCCAUGGAUGCUGACGGGUGUCUUUUCAAAGCCAACACACUAGAAAUCACAUUCAAUUCGCUCAACUUGGUGGCCUUUUCUUUCGGAUCUUCAAUGGAAUUCAACAAGGUUCUGUUCUGGGCCCGAAUGUGCCUAAUUGGAUUGAGCCACAAAUCCAACACCCCUCCGAUUUUCUUAUUGGACAUCGAUGCCCACACCCCACCACAAUCCGUAUGGCCACACACAAUGAUCUUGCGCACCUUCAACACCUCAAUGGCAAACUGGAUCACACCUUGGCUGCUGAUGUCACUGGAAUUGACAAUGUUUCCAAUAUUUCUGUGGGUGAAGAUUUCUCCUGGUAAUACCGACAAACAGCCUUCUCCCGCACGAGAAUCAGCACAUCCGAUCCACAAGGUGUGUGGCUGUUGGCCCUUGCCGUUGAGAGCAAAUACUUCUGGCGAGUGGUUGUGGUUGAUGGAAUCGACAAAAAAUUUAUUAUUGCUUAAAUAGUCCUGGAUGGUGGAAUCUUUAGAUAAGGUGAAGGGGAAGUGGGAGUUUCUUAUUUUCACGUCAAGGUCUUUCCUAGACAGGGUUUGGGGAAGAUCAGUCUCGUGAUCGUGUUCAAGCUGGUACUUUAAGAUGUUUUCUCUACCCAUGGUAAUAGUUGAGGUUGCUAAAGAGCGAGUUGCAAUUAAAGGAGGAAUCUUUAAAGGGUGGGAAAUCCUUGAAAUGGCGUAGUUGGACACGGUGAAUGUAUUAGACAAAAGCUGACGGAUUGGGGGGUUUAUAAGGAAAUUUUAUUGUGGCAAU